AUGCACGUGACUUCCACCGGCCAAGUCCGACAACCAGUGGAAUUGAGCACAGGAACAUUUGGUACAAACAUCAGCAAAUCAACAAACAAUACUUCAACCAUCAAUCUUGUUCCCACAACUGCAGCUGCAAGUGUUCAAAGGCAGUGUUACAUUAACUUUUUGACGCUCUCACUGGCGCGCUAUCAAGCUUUUGAUAGCGCGCCUAAAGUUGUUCUUGGCCAACCAUGUCUCCAGGGACUGGUGCCUCUAACCCUUGUUUUUUUAGUUCUUCCUGGCCAACCAUGUUCCCAGGGACUGGCGCUAGCGCGCCUUAAGGGACUGGCGCCUUUAACUUUGGGAUCUGAGGGAUAUGCUCUUGGCCAACCAUGUCUUCAGGGACUGGCGCCUUUGCUUUGGGAUCUGAGGGAUAUGCUCUUGGCCAACCAUGUCCCCAGGGACUGGCGCCUUGGACUUUGGGAUCAGAGGGAUAUGCUCUUGGCCAACCAUGUCUCUAGGGACUGGCGCCUUUACUUUUGUCCAGGUUUUGCGCCUAUUGACCUCUCUUUCAGAUUUUCCACCUGCCUUGUUAAGCCCCCUUUUUUCUUCUUCUUCAACUUUCUAUAUCAUUCUUUGAUUUCACCAUUGCUUGGUGAUUUUUCAAACUGGGUGCAAGGCUUGGAUGGAGAGGGCCCCUCCAUCCUUGGUGCAUCAUGGUCAUUGUUGUGUUUUUCGCCCGGUAUUCCAAAACACGAGCCUGUGCCAGUACCACCACCAUUGAAACACAAGAUCAUCAUUACCCAGAACGAAGAUGAGAUGCUUAUUGACGAAUCUAAAACACAAGUCAUGGACUUCGUCAACCUCCAGAACGAAGAUGCGAUGCUUAUUGACGAACAUGAAUCCCAAAUCACUAAAAUGGGAGUGAUGGACGACCUCAGCCUCAAUGACGAAGAGGUGAUCCUCAUUGACCAAGACGGUUCAAACAAUGAUAUGGAUGUCGACAGCCUUGAUGAGGAGGAUGUGAUGCUUAUUGACCAAGACGGUUCAAACAAUGAUAUGGACAUCGAUGAGGAGGAGGUGAUGCUUAUUGACUAA